AUGCCCCAGGCGAACAAGCGGUCGCGACCGUCGAACCAUGCCGACCCUUCAAGCCCGCAUAUCAAGCGUCCAAAGUUUGCACGGGGAGAAUCCAUCGACUCCGAAGACGAACUCUACAGAGACCCUUCUCAUGUGUCUAAAAAACGAACAAACUUCUCCGCCUUGCCCAGUCCAAAAAGACGGUUAUUUUCACGGGGUGAUAUCCCAAGUACACAAUUCACGAAGCCCGCGCACGCGCACAUUAUGACUUCUACGACUACCCACUCUAGCAUUCCCGACCUAAAUGUGAGGAGAGCAGUGUCGGGGAAGCAUAUCUACAAUGCGGACGACGACCAACGUGGGCAAUUGAUCCUUCAGCAAGAUGGUAACUCCGCAACACUCGUACCAAAAUUUCCAGCAGAGGAGAGUCCGCCGUUGCAAUGGAUGAGGGUCCCGUUGGAGAGCAUCACCACCAUAGAACAUGCUAUGAGCAGCAGCCAUUAUGUUCGUAUACUACGGCCGCGGGGUACCGAUUUUGAGGCAAACUUGUGGCUGGAAUUUACCGAUCACCGAGACGUAUUUAGCCUGGUACAAGCAGCUUGUCAUGUUAAAACGUCCACAUGCACCUCUGAGACUCUCCGACGUAGAUGGCAAAAGGCUUUUGAUUCAGCCUCAACGUAUACCACCCAGAAUACCAGACAGACCCCGAACAGCACUACCUCUAGGUUGGAAAUCAGUCCACCACAUGCAACGACGAAAGUCCACGGGCAGACAGAAGCCCAGAAGGAACCAACUCGCGGACCACGGCGGGAGAGAAUAAUUGACAAAUUGGAGAACUCUGUAUCGGCCGAACAAAUCCAGGCCACGGGCGAUGCUAAAGAUGACGAUGUCACUGUUUCACUGGCCCCUACCACCCGUCGAACCCGAAGGUCUUCACCUGUCCAUAUUACGCGAGAUCCGAGGCCUGACCGGUGGACUGAUCGGAAUCCAUUGUGGAGGGCAAGUUGGCACAAAUCCCUUAUUUUCCCUCCUACUGGCAAAAAUAGGGCAACUGUUGACGAUGGCGAUAUCCUGAGGCUUGAUGAAGGUGAAUUUCUAAACGAUAAUUUGAUAAACUUCUACGUGCGAUAUCUUCAGUUCAAGCUGGAGAGCGAGCGGCCCGAACUGUUGAGCAAGGUGUAUAUUUUUAGCACGUUUUUCUUCGAGAAGCUGAGAUCAACCAAAGGCAAGGUUAACUAUGACGGCGUGAGGGCCUGGACAGCAAAAUUCGAUCUGCUUUCGUACGACUACAUUGUGGUCCCCGUCAAUGAAAAUGCCCACUGGUAUCUGGCAAUAAUCUGCAACACACCCAAUGCUGUCAGUGGCAUGCCCAAGGAUGAUGCAACCCCGGCGAAAGAGGAGGCAACACCUCCGGGGAUAGGAUUGGUUGCGCGAGACAUGCCAGAUGUCUCCAUACAUAGUGACGAUGCCAGCACGCCAAUCUCCAAAGAGCCGGUUGAUCUGGAGCCUCCCACCUCUUCAAGGACGUUGCAAGAAUCGUCACCAGCCCCGAAAAUUGCAACAUCAAAUAAUAGGCUGGCAGCGGCAUCGCAUGUUGAUCCCAGGUUACCAAGAAUAGUCACACUAGACUCUUUGGGGAAUCCACAUGCAGCCACUUGUCGAGUCUUGAAAGAAUACCUCAUAGCAGAAGUAAAGGACAAGAAAGGGAUUGAUUUGGCCAUGGUUCCCACCGGAAUGACUGCUAAAAAGAUUCCGGAACAGGACAACUUUUGCGACUGCGGUGUCUUCAUCCUUGGUUACAUGGAAGAGUUUUUGAAAGACCCUGCCGAGACUGUCCGCAAGCUGUUCCAGAAGGAGCCGGUAAAUUGGGAUAUUCGCCCGUCUCUUUUGCGAAAUCGAGUGCGUGAUCUCUUGUUCAAACUGCAAAAGGAGCAACACGAGUGGCUAGAAAGGGAAAGGGCCGAAAAACGACUGCUGUCUGCUAAGAAGAAGAAGAAAGUAGCUGCCACCACCCGAGUGGCAAAUCAGCUUGCUUUCCCCCCAACUACCGUAAGGGAAAAAUUACUACGGAAGCAGUCAGAUGCCACAGCCGUCUUGGCGCAUGUUCCACGAUUACUAGUGGGAGAUGGCUCAGGUAAAGCCGAACCUGAUGCGACUAGGUCGCCGCCGAAGAAGCAGCUUCCUGGUGAUGACAAUCAGGUGAAGCUAGUCAAUCCUCCCAACGGCAACCCUGGCACUAGCAGUACCAGCCCAGACGAUGUGUUCUACUCAGCGCCAUCUUCGCCAAGUCGAAAACCAGCAGCCAAAAAUGCCGACAAGGCCAAACCGAAAGAACCGGCUACGAAACCCACAGGCUCAUCUCAGCAAAAGCUUGACGGUUAUCUGUCACACAGACUGCCCAGCUCAUCCGAAGUCGAAGCUCAAAGCACAAUGACCACGCCAAAAAGACAGAACCUAGCAUCUAUUGAACUAGUCGAUGUGGAAGACGUUGUCCUUAUUUCACCACAGGUGAUCACCAGACAAAAGUCUACGCAACUUGAGUCGUCACCGUACUUUGUCCAGCCGUUGCGAUCAAGUCAAAGUUCGUCGCCUAAGAGAUUGAGGGCUCGAUAUGACGGUGUUGAGAGAGCGGUGGAUCUUACGUGA